CCUUCCCUUGCUAGCCACCACCGUGCCCCUCUCCACCCCGUCCGGUCCCAUGGCGCCAAGGACCCGGAUGGCAGCAGCCCCGCGCCUCGGGUCCAACGCGUCAUCACCCGUCGACGUGCCGUUGCCACGGGCGUGCGCGGCGGCGGUGCCCGGGCUCCUGCUGGCGCUGCUGCUCAUCGGCGGCCACGGCGCGACGGCGGUGUCCGCCAUCCGCGUCGACGUCAUCCGGCUGCCGUCGGCGUCGCCGUUCCCGGCGUUCAGGGAGGCCCCCGCGUUCCGCAACGGCGACGAGUGCCCGCCGCGGGGCUCGGCCGACGGGCGCGUCGACGUCGCCAUGACGCUGGACGCCAACUACCUCCGUGGCACCAUGGCGGCCGUGUUCUCCAUCCUGCAGCACACGGCGUGCCCGGAGAACGUGGCGUUCCACUUCCUGUCGGCCCGGCGGGAGCCGGACCUGCUGGCGGCCAUCCGCGCCACGUUCCCCUACCUCGACCCCAGCGUUUACCGCUUCGACCCGUCCCGCGUCCGGAGCCGCAUCUCCCGCUCCGUGCGCCACGCGCUGGACCAGCCGCUCAACUACGCGCGCAUCUACCUCGCCGACACGCUGCCCUCCGACGUGCGCAGGGUAAUCUACCUCGACUCCGACGUGGUCGUCGUCGACGACGUCCACAAGCUCUGGUCCGUAGACCUCGGGGGCCACGUGGUGGCCGCGCCCGAGUACUGCCACGUCAACUUCACCAAGUACUUCACCGACGCGUUCUGGUCGGACCCGUACCUCAGCGCCACGUUCCGCGGCCGCCGGCCGUGCUACUUCAACACGGGCGUGAUGGUGAUGGACGUGGCCAAGUGGCGCCAAGGGUACACCAGGCGGGUGGAGGAGUGGAUGGCGGUGCAGAAGCAGAAGCGGAUCUACCACCUCGGCUCGCUGCCGCCGUUCCUGCUGGUGCUCGCCGGCAACAUCAAGCCGGUGGACCACCGGUGGAACCAGCACGGGCUCGGCGGCGACAACAUGGAGGGCAAGUGCCGGAGCCUGCACCCGGGGCCCAUCAGCCUGCUGCACUGGAGCGGCAAGGGCAAGCCAUGGCUGCGGCUCGACUCCAGAAAGCCCUGCACCGUCGACUACCUCUGGGCGCCCUACGACCUCUACAAGGCCGCGGCAACCGCGCUCGAGGAGUGAACCCGACCGUGCAUGCGGCGCCGCAAGGCAAGCGAAGAGAUCGAGCCCGAAGGGCAGGCAGAUCGGCGAGGAAGGAGAGGGAGAGGUGUGUACGCGUUAGAUCGGCGCAUGCAACGAACCUCGGUCGAGGUGGGAGCUCAAGGAUGGGGGACUGGAAGAGGAGUUUAGUUUGGAAGAUGGACGGACAUUGAUCAAGGCCGGAGGAGGGAGGGCCGGGAAUGCAUGUGUAGCUCUCUUUCUCCUCUUGUUUUGGGUUCUCGCAUGAUUCUGCCCUCGGAUUCGUUCGUCGUGUUUGUAGAGGUCAGUCGGGCUGCAUG